AUGGAGACUUCCAACAACACAUGGGUAUGGGAACAGGACACCAGCUACAUCGAGACUCCUCGAGACUGUUCCCGAUCCAGUCAAUUUGACAGCUGUGAGGAGCAGGACGCCUUCGUCAACAAACUUUGGGCCGAAAAGGAUCAUCGCUCAAACGUCACUUUGACCGGCGUGGUAUGCCAGUUCUUCGGCCUGGUCAUUCACUUUGCGCUAUUCGUGUGGGCUUGCGUUGACUGCCAUCGCCACCGCCGCCGCACAACGAGCAAGGACGCCGAAAAGCUUGCUGCUGAAAUCGUGCAGAACAUGAUCAGUAAUGGUGCUGUUGUGCCGCCACCAGGACAGGCACACAUGAAACCGCAGCCGGGCCAGGUCAUGUACUAUCAGAUGCCGCCCAACCAGCAAGGGUACCCGAACCAGCCCCCAAUUCAGCCCCCGUAUAUGCAACAAGGACCGGGUCAGAUGCAGCAGUUUGGGCAGCAGUUCGGGCAGCACCCACAGAUGACGCAGCCGGUUCAGCGCAUGGCGCCCGGACAGUACCCAAAGGGUCAACCUAGCAUGGCAGCCUCGGAUUUGCCUGAGAAGAUUGCUGGAUCCCGUUACGCUUAA